AGAUAUAGAUAGACACGUGAAAAUGCAUGUUCGUUCUUCAUAUAAUUUGUAUGGCAAAAAUACGUGUGUGUUUGGCAGCGUUUGGUGGCACAUGAUACGGUGUCACAGUGCACGCAUUGCUGUGUGGUGUGCAGGUUGGUGCAGCCAUAGAGCCCAACCCCGGGGAGUGUUUUCUGGAGCAGAGAGAAGUAGACGGAAGAACUGUCUAUGACUACAUCGCAAGGAUCGCGAGUGCUAGACUACCCGUCAGUCUACCAGUUGAGACAGCUCAUUCAGAGCUCCCAGACCAACGUGGUGUUUGCCAUCAGUACCAGCCGAUCCACACCCAGCCCUUAUGGGGACCUGAAGGAGGAACUGAAGUUGGGGGCAAUGCUACAGAUCACUUCUCUGGAGGCCGACGCUAGCAACCUGGUGUCUGUCAUUAGGAGCAGCUAUGACAACAUCACUCAGGAGAUUAGGCUGACUCCAGACAAGGAGCUGCCUCAGGUCACCUUCGCCUACAGCGACGCUGAAAACUGCAGACUAUCGGGGAAUGGUGCAGUAUGCUCAGAUAUAACUCUGAACUCGUCUGUGUCGCUCGUGGUGACAGUCAACAUGACCUCCUGUCUUCCUAAUAUCACCACUGUGAAUUUGAGGUCAGCUGCAUUUGGAGCAGUUACGUUGGAGUUGGUCCCACUGUGUCAGUGUGACUGCUCUCUGGAACAAGAACCUAAUGCCAGCCAGUGCAGUGGAGCCGGGAAUCUGACUUGUGGAGUCUGCCACUGCAAUGAAGGAAGAAGUGGCAGUCAGUGUGAGUGUGAAGACCAGACAACAAAUACUUGCAAGACUGAGGAAGUGACUGAAGAGUGUUCGGGGAGGAAGAGAGGGGAGUGUGACUGCGGCCAGUGUGCGUGCUAUGUGCAGGACCAACUGCUCAGAACCAGGAACAUGACGAAGCUGUAUUUUGGAGAGCAGUGUCAGUGUGACCACCUCACCUCAUGUGGUGGUAUUAACGACCAGGGGCAGCUCUGUUCAGGGCGAGGUACGUGUGAUUGUCCAUCUGGCAAGUGUGUGUGUAGUGCCACUGGCCCCAUCUCUGGACGACUGUAUACUGGAGACCUGUGUGAAUGCAAUCCUGAUGCCUGCUUCAACACAGACUACCCCAAUAGGACGUGUGCCUUCACUGGUAGUCUGGGUAGUCUCGGAGAUGCAGAAUGUGGAUGUAAUACCUGUCUGUGUGAUUUCAACGGAAACAACGCAGUACCAGCUGGUGACGGGACAUGUAGUCCAGGGCCUCCUCCCUGCAGCAGGAGGGAGCAGUGUGCCCGUUGUGCCAAGAACCUUCAGAGCUCGUCCACUGACUGCAAUCAACUACGGCGAGACGAAGGGUGCGACCCAAUCUUACUCACUGGCGACGCCAGUCUUCCCGACACUCGCAAUCUGGAGUGCACAUUCCAGGCUGAUGGCUGCACCCACACCUUCUACGUCUCUCUCUCCCACCAGACUGUGUACGUCGAACCAGGAGAAGACUGCGGCGGGCAAGAAAAUGAGAUCAACAAUCUCAUAUGGAUCAUACCAGUCUCAGUCAUAGGUGCCCUCCUAUUCCUUGGUCUCCUGGCACUCUUGGUGAUCCUCUUCAUCUUCUGGGCACUGCCAUUCUCAGGUCACAGAUGUACCAGUAACCAGACAGCAGACUGUCUCUCUGGGCUUGAAAACCCAGUGGCCGCCCCUCCACAGAUAGUGAAAGAGGAACCAUUUGGAGAAACAGUUCAGAUAUCUCCACAAGAAAUCCGUCUUAAUCUCCGAACAGGAGAGCCUCAGACAUUCACUCUGUCAGUGAAGCCAGCCAGGAACUAUCCUCUGGACAUGUACUUCCUCAUGGACCUCUCUGGAUCUCAAGCCCCUGACCUGGACAGUCUCAAGGACCUCUCUAACUCCAUCACUGAUGAACUGGAGCAAAUCUCAUCACAGUUUACUCUCGGAUUUGGCUCGUUUGUUGACAAGAUUGCCUACCCCUUUGCCUCCACACUACGGAAUGGCUCUGACUACCUGACCAGACACCUGGGAAACAUGGUGACAGAGUGUGCUAAUGGGAGAGCCUCAUGUGGGCCAACCUAUGUCUACAGACACCAUCUCCCACUGACCAAUGACAGUGGUCAGCUAAGAGAAGUUCUGGAGAAUGUGACAAUCAGAGGUAAUCUGGAUGCUCCUGAGGCUACUUUGGAGGCUCUCCUACAAUCAGUCGUCUGUCUGGACGAGGUUGGAUGGAGGAAUGGCAGUCUGAGGAUAGUCAUGAUCCUGACUGAUGCUGGAUUCAAGACUGCUCUGGAUGGAAGGGUUGCUGCACUGGUGACCAGAAAUGAUGGGGAAUGUCAUCUGGAACUAGAGGAAGGUUUCUAUGACUACUCUCGUGGUCCCGAGCAGGAUUUUCCCUCCAUCUAUCAAGUACGGGAGAAGUUGAUAGAAAACGACAUCAUCACUAUAUUUGCAGUACAAGAAGAUGUUGUCAGAGAACGGACAGUGACAGACGAUGUUGUAUACAGGGAGCUGGCUGAGGAGAUUGGUAGCUCCAGGGCUUUUGUUCAGACCAUAGCUGAGGACUCGGCUGACAUUGUCAGUGUCAUCAGAAGGGCCUAUGAGAGUGUAACAAGAGACAUAGUUGUGGACAGCGUAUCUGGACUCACAAUUGGGAUUGCCCCUGUCCUCAACUGCACUCUGACCUCGGAUGGGAGAGGUUGUGCCAAUGUGGCCAUAGAAGAUCUCGUGAGUUUCAAUGUCACAGUCACCAUGGACCAGUGUCUGAAAGACAUGCAAACUCGACUUCUACCUCUGCCUGGAUUUGGUAAUGUGGAGCUGACCCUGGUACCUAUCUGUGAAUGCAACUGCACAUCACAAAUGACUGCAAACCACAUGUCUUGCAAUGGCACAGGCUCUCUUGUGUGUGGGAUCUGUGAAUGUUCUGGAGUAUCAGUUUUUGGAGAUCAGUGUGAUUGUGGUCGCCAGCUGCAGCGUUGUCCAGAUGACUGUUUCAAUAGAGGAACUUGCAACAACUGCUCAGAAGAGUGUACCUCAUGUUUUACACAGCAGGACACUAUAGGUCAGAUAGUUGGCAGCUUUGGAGCGAGAUGUCAGUGUGACAACUCCACUGGUGCUGGAGCCUGUCCUGUUGGGAGAGAUAUAGACCAAGUCUGCAGUGGUAGGGGAGAGUGUGUGUGUGAUGGAGAAAAGUGUGACUGUGACUGUAAGUGUGGGACAGCUCCUCUCUCUGGUGACCGGUACUUGGAAGAUGACUGUGGCUGUGACCCUGACAACUGCUACAAUGAACAGUACCCUGGCAGAGAGUGUGCAUACAGUCGGGACAAGGGGGGGAAUGAAGGGAGAGAUGGGGAAUGUGACUGCAACAGGUGUGACUGUCCUCGAGACGAUGCCGUCCCGUACAACAGAACCUGCAUCAACACGGAUGAGUUGUGUGAUAAGUUUGAGUCAUGUGCUAAGUGCUGGCCCAACAACUGUACAUCAGGAGACUGCAGUCCCAAGGGCCUAGACGAACUGACUAGUGAUGGAGUGUUGGUGUCUUGUACAUUUGAGCGGGAGGGAUGUAUUGUGGACUUUCAGGUGGUACUCUCUGGGGAUUUCAACACUAUGGGCAGUGUCUUUGUUGGAGAAGAGAGAGACUGUCAGGAGUCAGACAUACUAGGUCAGCUGGUCUGGAUCAUACCGGUGUCCAUCAUAGGAGGUAUUAUACUUCUGGGAGUCCUCCUGCUGGUUGUCGCCAAGUGCAUCCUAAUGGCCGUCGAGAGAAAGGAAUACAGGAAGUUCCUGGACGACAUGCAUCAUGGGGACUUUGUACCAGUCGAGACUGGCUUCAACAUAAUUAUUUGUCUAGACUGGGCCAGCAUUUACGCGCUGGCAACAGACGCUACUGCCUCGGCCUUUGCCACGCUGCUCGACAGCUACGACGUAUAUAUUAUUCCUUUUUCCUCGCAGCAUUCUAACCCGCUGUAUGUGACUCCUCAAACUGAGUACAAGAACCCAAUAUUGGAGAAGUCAGAUGAAGCUGAGGAGGAUUAUUAG